CUGUUUCACAUCACGUGAUUGAAUCCAUUUCUCGAUUUUUCAAGAUGUAAACAUUUGCCACUUUCUGGAAUUUUGAAUCAAAGACAUCAAAUGAUAUAGGAAAAUAUUUUUAACGAGUAGUCAUGCCUUAUGAUGUUCCAAACCAUGUGACUAGGUUGUAUGUUUUUACAGUGGUGAACUUGAUUUUGAUGUUCCAUGCAUCAUGUGUUAAUUGUGAUGUUGUUGUCUUAGACAAACAUGAGAAUAGUACAGCAGGAAUCCAUUUCCCUGAUGAACCCGCACAGUUUGGUUCAGACCUACCUGAGGACGGUCUCACGGGAUACUUGAUAUAUUUGAAACCAUCACCAAGUAACUCCUGUGUACAUUAUGAACCAAAACCACAACAAUUCACAAUUGAUCAGCCAUGGAUCGCUCUUAUGGCAAGAGCAGGGUGUAAAUUUGAUCAGAUGGUGCUUGCUGCACAAAGACUUGGCUACAGUGGUGUUAUUGUACAUAAUAAAAAAUCAGAAGGAGAAAAAAGGGAAAAAAUGAAAGGAGGAAAAGAUGCAGAUCAAGUACACAUUCCAUCAGUAUUUGUUGGUUACUAUGAUGGUGAUAAUUUAGGGAAAUAUUAUGUAUUUAAUGCCUCUGACGGCAGGUAUCUUGUGAAAAUAGAUAAAGAAGGGUUUGACUUUAAACCCUAUUUGUUAUGGCCAUUUGCUAUAGUUGUUGGCACCUGUUUUGUGUUAAUGUUAAUAUUUAUGCUUGUUAGAUUUUGUCGUGAUGUACAUAAGAAGAGGAAGUCCAGACUUUCAACUAAACACCUGAAAAAGAUUCCCAUCAAAAAGUUUAAAAAAGGUGAUGUGUAUGAUGUAUGUGCAAUUUGUUUGGAUGAUUAUGAAGAGGGCGAAAAGUUACGGGUCCUGCCAUGUGCUCAUGUUUACCAUAUAAAGUGUAUAGAUCCAUGGCUUACUAAGAGAAAGAAGACAUGUCCUGUAUGUAAACGUAAAGUUAUACCAGGGAGUAAUCCCGACUCAGAUUCAUCAGACGAGGACACAGAGAAUGAGUCAACAAAUGAACGUACUCCAUUACUAAUGAGUAACAAUAAUCAAGUAAUGACUACACCAAGGAGAUCUACAUUUGAUAAUUCUGGACUACCUGAAGCUGUAAGACAUGAAGUCACUACCGUUCAUGUGCGUACUCACAGAAUAGAGGAUUCAGAUACAGACUCCGAUGAUAAUUCACUUUACCAUACAGUGGGAGAAAGCCCAGAGCCACAUUCUAGACCAAAUACUGGAGCCAUUAAUAUUACGUAUGAAAGUUCCAGUGAGGAAUCUGACGAAGAGAGUGAUGAGGAAGAGAAUGCUGAAAGGGGCACUGGGGAACAUAGCGAUGAGGGUGCUAAUGGGAACACUGUUGUAGUUGUCAUCAACAAUGACAAAUCAGAUAAAACUGUUAAUCAUGUUGUUUGAAUGUGAUAUUUAAAAGUGGUUUGGUUUUAUUUCAUUUUAUUCCGAUUUUGAUGUGAUACUCCAUGAUAAAAUGUUAGAAAUAUUUUGUAUAAUUUAUUUAUUUAAAUGUAUGUUAUGUUUAUGUUUAUGUUUAUGCUUCAUAUAAAUUACUUGCUACUAUUUUGUACUAUUGUUUAAGCAAGGUCAUUCUUUUAAUCUGUAGAAUCAAUACUGGUAAUAAAUUAAGUUUUAAUAGGCUAUUUGCCAAUUCCUGUAAUUAUACCCGUAAUUAGAGAUCCCUAAAAAAAGUUGUCUCCCUCAUGAGGGACAUUAAUUUUAAUUUACAAUGGAGAGCUACCAGAAAGAGCAAAUCUACCUGUGCGUAAUGUGAGUAAUUUAUAAGGUUUUCAAAUCUUUUAAUAACAUCAAUUAGUUGUUUAGCUAAAUACUUUUGAUAUCAGAAAUUAUUUUUUGAUGAAAAAUUAGUUAAACCGCCGAUAUAUCACUUUCAAUUCAUCAUGCUUUGCUUUGGCUAAAGCCAAUUGUAUCCGGUAUGGAACCAGUCUACGAUUGACAAAGGAAAGUAAUUGGUUUUAAAAGUGUUUAACAACAGAAUCAAAUCGGUAAUUGGCAAAUGGACUAUUUGGUCCAUAAUAUUAAAACAUUUGAAUGUCAUUUUCCUAACAUUUAUUUUUUGUUAGAAAUUGAUUUUUUUUUUUAAUUUUGUAAAAAAUUCUGAAAAAUCCUCUGAAUCAGAUAAAAAAUUCUAUGAUCAUUUCAAAGAUCUAGAUUAUAUAAUGCUGUUGCAUGAUAAAAAGAUAUUCUUAUCAUAAGAAAUUCUGAACAGAAAUUUUGUAGGAUUACAACCUGUUUUCAGAUAGUUAAUCAAGCCAGGUAAGGCCCUUGUUUUCUUGUUAUGGCUCUUGUUCAUGUUUAUUUUAUCAAUUUUUGUACAAUUAGAUAAUUAUGAUAAUCCUUAUGAUUUUUUAAAACACUCCAUUUUUGUAAGAGUUGAUCCCUUUUCAAUUUUAGUAAUUAUUUAUCCUUUUGGCAGAAAGAUAUUUUGUAGCGAUUCUUCAUGUUGGAGUUACUAGGUAUGAUGGAAAGGGAAAAUGCUCUUUGAAGAGAACUAGAAUUAAUAUCUUAUGACGUCAAAUUGUCUAAUUGGACAAAAGCUCCGAUUAAUUACCGGUAUAUAACAUAUAUGCAGUAGGGAUAUACUUUUUGUAGAUAAAAUUUUCAAUUUUACAAUGUUUUAAUUGCAAUUACAACAGUUGUAUAUUAGUUGUAUAUAUGUAAUAUAUGAUAUAAUCCAUACUUUUAUAAUCCUGAUAACUUCAUGUUAUAAUUAUAAUUAGUUCUACAGUUACAUUUCUAGAAGUUUUGUGUAAAAGUGUGAUAUUUUGAUAAAUGUGUUGAUCUUUGAUAGUUCUUUCACUGAUGAGGAUGUGUAAUAACUAUUGUAACUUAUGUAAUAUUUAUUCUGGGACAGGGCAUUUUAGUUACAUUUUUGAUUUUAUAAUAGGCCACCUUCAAGUGAUGUCCUUCACCAGAAAAGUUUGUUUAUUAUACACGCCUUUGUGACAUCAUUUACUAGAUAGAGAGGACCACCUGUAUCCCUACACUAUUUAAGUUCAUCAAGCGUCUUCGUGAAUGUCAUUCAUUAUGCAGUAUAAAUUAGAAAUAAUGUUUGUUUCGUAGGUACUUAAUCACAAUGCCCUACUGACAGCAGGAUAGCAACAUUUUUUUUUCAACCACUCAUUUAAAAUUGGAAGGAUGUGAUAUGCCCCUAAAUGCAUGAAUGACAUUUACUGUAAACAAAAAUAUUGACAAAAAAUGCAAUAAACUUGAAGGUGGUCUGUUAGAGCAUAUAUUCAUUAUCAUAUGCCAUGCUAUUUAUAGAUAUAUAAUUGACAAAAAUCAUUAUAACAAAUACACUAAAUGAAAACACCAAUAUUUUAAGUUGUCAUCAAUUUAUUGACUCUAAUAAAAGUUGUCAUCAGUCCUUUAAGAUAUCAGUUUAUUUUAGAAACAAGGUUUACAUGCAGUUUUCCUUCCAUUUUCAUGUUGUAAGGGGAAAGUUUUGAUGUCUCAGAAAGUAAGAACUUGUAUCAUAUGAACAAAAACAACUUUAUUCAAAUCUUUAUUCAUCAUAGAUUUUCAUCUUUAUUUGAUUUACUUAUCUCUUGGUCAAGUGAAUAAUCUGCAUGUGAUAAAUUGUCAAUAAGGUGAGAACACAUACUUUCCUUUUGAAGAAAAAAACCCACAAUGUGUAUUUAUAGUUAUCGCACUGACACAUUGUUCAUUAAACAUAACCAUUGUCUCAAUAUGAAAAUUUAAUCAGUUAUUUUUUUUGGGCACAAAGUAAUAUGGAUUUGUACAGAUGAAAGAUUGGUUAAAAAAAUAAAUCAUAUAUAUUAUAUAAUAAAGUAGCAACAAACAGUUAAUAGUACAAGUUAUCAUCCUGUGAUGACUGUUCCUCUAACAAAAUAAAAUAAAAUGAUCAGAAGAAAAUUAAAAUGUUUAAACCCUAUUUUUUGUUUAGAUGUAUCCAGACGGAUUGUAUGUUUAUAUAUUUUUACUUAAUUACCCAUGCAGUACAACUUGGAUAUUAUUUUCUUGAAUUUGUGUGUGUUGUUUAAAUACAUAAAAAAGAUGAUUAAAGUCCAUUUAUUAUAAGUGGCAUAAUCUUGGAAAAUUCAUUUUUGUAGAAUUUCAGUUAAACAAAAAUCUAAAUUAUUAAAACUUUUUUAUUUGGAAUUGAAACCUGUUUGAUAUUUAGAAUAUGUUCAUGCUUUGCAGUUUUGUGAUUUUGCCUAAGCAAUAAAUAUGCUUCAAUUAUACUAUUUUUUGCUGUAAUCAAUUACUAGUGGUGUACAAACUUUUAUUAAACAAUUUAUACAUUCUAGUCCUUAAAAUAAAUAAAUUUGUAAAUAAAAUAUUAUGAUAAUUGA